GAUAAUAGUUGUUGGAGUGCUCAUGCCAUGCUGGGCCAGAGGCUCAGCUAGACAUGUAUUUACCCAUAUCCGGGUUAGAGAGGAAAGGAAAGUUUGAUUUUUAAAACAGAUUUGGAGAAAGUUUCCUAUCUAUUUAACAAAAAUAGGAAGAGGAAAACAAUGUAAUAUAUUAUAAUAAUCACCCAUGCAACAAAAGAGAGCCUGAGCCUUUUUUCCCCUUCUCUCUUGCUUUCAAUCUGGAGGAGGACGAGUUUUUUUCCCCUUUUUAAUAAUAUUUAAUGAUCGGGUGUAAAAGGAAGAGAAGAAGCAGACGUGUCUGUGUGUUUCUCCCUCCUCUCUCGCUCUCCCUCUCUGCCUGAUUCUCUCUCAGAGAUGAUCAUGGCCGCUCAAGUAGCAGCAGCUCCGGCCAACAGUAACAGCGGCGGCGGCAGCCCCGGCAGCCGCGACCCCGACACCAUCAACAACGGAAAGCCGGCGGCUCCCACUCCGGCUGCGGGAGGAGGACUGCCCGGAGAUUCCAGUGGUGACGGCGGCGGCGGCGGCGGCUUGAAUCUCAACAGCGUUGAUCAUCAUCACCAUCCCCGUCACCACCAUCACCACCACCACCUUCACCACCACCUCCAGCAACAGCAGCACCACGGCGAGCUCAACAUGGCCAACUCCUCAGGCCCGGCUAACAACAACAGUGGCGGCGGCGCAGCUGGAGGCUCGGGGUCCAACCCCAGCCUCAACCCGAACCCCGAGCCGGCGCACAAAGAACCCGCCUCGGCCUCGCCUUCCUCGGCAUCCACCGCCUCCUCCUCCUCGUCGUCGUCGUCGUCUUCUUCGGCCACCGGCGAGGCGGGGAUAAUUCCCAAUCACAAAGUGAAGGCGAGCGGUGCUGAGUUGUUGCUCGCCCCCCAUCACCAAGGAGAAGGAAGCGGCGGCGCAGACACUCAACAUGGAGGUGGCGGCGGCAAAGACAACAACAGCCUCUUAACCGCCGAUAGCCAGGGCAACGGCAACAGUCACAAGGCCGACGACGAGCUGCUCAAAAUGGGUGACCAGAGGUACGAACACCCGGCAGCCGCGGGACCCAACAACCAGGCGGGCGUCGCCGACUAUAAUUACUACCGAGCGGGGCCGGCGACGGCGGCAGGAGCAGGCCCCGGGCCCGGCCCUUACUUCGAUCAACAUGGCGGACAACAAAGCCCCGGGCUCGGCGUUCACCCUUCCACCAACCUGGAACUGAGCGCCAGCCCGCUGCACAACUCGCACGACGGCUACUCCAAUAACUACAAUCACUACUCGGGCUACAGGCCACCCUACGGCAGCCCCGGCUACGGCAUGAUGAGCUCGCCCAGGGCGAACAGCAUGGGAGGUAGCAACAGCGGCAGUGGGCACCACCACCACCAUCACUCCGGCAAGCAGCAGCCACCGCCGCAGCAACAGCAGCCGCCCUUGGCCGGGGCCUUUCAGCGCUACUCCGGUCAGAGCCAGCAUUCGGGAGCCACGCCAACCCUCAACCAGCUCCUGACCUCCCCUAGCCCUAUGAGGGGAUACGGCUUCCCGGACUACAGCAACCCCGGUGCUUCGCAGGCCUCGCUCAAAGGGAGCGACAUGGGUUCUCAGUACGGAGUAGGGAGCAGCCAAGCCUGGGCAGGAGGUGGCAGCGGAGCGGCAGCUGGACAAACCCGCAGCCACCCGGCUAUGAGUCCCGGUAGCACGGCUCAGGCUCUGGGCAGGGCACAGGGGAAUCCAGUUGAUCAGAUGGGCAUGAAAAGACCCCAGCUGUACGGGAUGAAUAGUAAUCCUUACUCACAGCAGCAACAACAGCAGCAGAGUGGACCUUACCCUGGCCAACCAUAUGGACCUCCCACACCACAGCGCUAUCCAAUGACCAUGCAGAGCAGGAAUCAAAGUAACAUGGGAGGAAUGCAGUAUCCACAGCAACAGAUGCCCCCUCAUUAUAGUCAGCAAAGCAUGAGUGGCUACUGCCAGCAGGGCCAGCAACCUUACUACAAUCAACAGCAGCAACAACCUUCAUCAUACGUGCAGCAGGCACAACAGAGGUACCAAGCACAGCAGGAUAUAACUCAGGAAGGCUAUGGAACUCGCACUGCACCACCAUUGACAUCUAACAAGCCCAACCAUGAAGAUUUGAAUUUGUUACAGCAAGAGAGACCAUCAAGUUUGCCUGAUUUGUCUGGAUCCAUUGAUGAUUUGCCAACGGGGACAGAAGGAACUUUAAGUUCUGGAGUUAGUGCUUCAGGAUCCUCGAGUGGCCAAGGAGAACAGAGUAACCCUGCACAAUCUCCCUUCUCGCCCCAUGCUUCCCCUCAUCUGUCUGGCAUUCGAGGACCCUCUCCUUCCCCUGUUGGUUCUCCUGUUGGAAGUAACCAAUCUAGGUCUGGGACCAUGUCCCCAGCAGGUGUACCAGGAAAUCAAAUGCCAGCUCAGCCUCCCAACAACCAAUCAGAUUCUAGCUCUCAUCCAGCCAUGAACCAAUCGCCAAUGUCACAAGAUAGAGGUUUCAUGUCAGGUGUCCAGAGAAAUGCACAGGUAUCUCAAUAUGGAUCACAGCAAACCGGUCCUCCCAUGUCUCCGCACCCAUCACCUGUUGGACAGAUGCACACUGGUAUGGGGUCUUAUCAGCAGACCAAUUCCAGCAGCACUUAUUGCCCCCAAAGUGGCCAGUUUGGGCCACAAGGUUGUGCCAUGACAGUUAAAAGAAAUGGCAGCACCCAUGGAUCGGAAGGAAAGGAAAGGGGCGCUGUCGGUCUGGAAGUAGCAAAGAUCGUCGACGAGACUGUUGGAGGUAAUUAUCCCAGACCGCCUAAUUAUGGUGGAGUACCGAACGCCAACUACAGUGGUCCAGGUCCAGGCAUGAAUAACAACAUGAGUAUGAAUAUGAACAACCAGAUGCAUGGUCAGGGUCCAACUCAACCUUGCAGUAACAUGACAGUAGGGAGAAUGUCAUCAUCAGGGAUGUCAAACUGGCCUUACUCUGGCAACAUGAGCAAUAUGACCCCAAACUCUCCAAGCAUGUCACAGCAGGUUGGCGCAGGGAUGGGACCGCCAAUGGCAACUGUAAAUCGCAAGGCACAGGAGGCUGCUGCUGCUGUGAUGCAGGCUGCAGCAAACUCUGCUCAAAACAGGCCACCGUACAUUAGGUCGCCUGGUUAUCCCAGUCAGACUGGGCCUGGUGGACGUCCUGUGUUUCCACCACAACAUCCCAACUAUGGCAACACUCAGGCUCCCUUGAUGUACCAGCCUGACCAAUACGGGCAAGCUGGAUACGCUGGCAUGAACCAAAGUGGUAUGAUGGGCUCGAGCUCUCCCUACAGCCAACCAAUGAACAACAGUUCUUUAAUGAUGAACCCUCAGACCACUACUUACAACAUGGCAUCCAAUAUGGUGAACAGCUCUUCAGUUUCAAUGGGUCUUGGAGCUGACAUGAUGACACAAGGCGAUUCCAAACUGCAGGUACCUCAGAAAAUGGAUAUCAAAGAAGAAGGCCUCCCUCUAACUGAGAGCAAAUCUAAGGAUAGCUACAACUCACAGGGUAUUUCUCAGCCCCCUACUCCUGGCAACCUGCCAAUCCCUUCCCCCUUGUCCCCAAGCUCUGCUAGCAUCUCCUCAGUGCAUGGAGAUGAAAGUGAUAGCAUUAGGAGCCCAGGCUGGCCAAAGACUCCGUCAAGCCCUAAAUCAAAUUCUUCCACAACUGGUGAGAAAAUAACCAAGCUAUACGAACUUGGGAAUGAGCAGGAGCGUAAAAUGUGGGUAGACCGUUAUUUGUCCUUCAUGGAGGAGAGAGGAACUCCAGUGGCUAAUUUGCCUGCUGUGGGCAAGAAGCCAUUAGAUCUCUAUCGACUUUACAUUUGUGUCAAGGAGAUUGGCGGUCUAGCACAGGUGAACAAAAACAAAAAAUGGCGUGAACUGGCAACAGCUCUGAGCGUAGGGACAUCAAGCAGUGCAGCAAGCUCACUCAAAAAGCAGUACAUUCAGUACCUGUUUGCCUUUGAAUGUAAGAUUGAACGUGGAGAGGAGCCCCCUCCUGAGAUGUUCAGUUCUGCUGAAUCCAAAAAGCAACCUAAAAUACAACCCCCUUCUCCUGCAGGUUCCGGUUCUCUACAAGGACCACAGACACCUCAGUCCACAAGCAGCUCAAUGGCAGAAAGUGGGGAUUUGAAGCCACCAACUCCUGUAUCAACACCCCAUGGACAAAUGACACCCAUGCAAGGGAACAGGAAUAAUGCAAUCAGCGUACAGGAUCCCUUCUCGGAUGUUAGUGACCCAGCAUUUCAGAAAUGGGGCUCCAUGACACCGAAUACACCAUAUCAACCAGGCAUGAAUAUGCCUGAAAUGAUGAGUCGAAUGUCAUAUGAACCCAAUAAGGAUCCCUUUGGUGGUAUGAGGAAAGUGCCUGGAAGUAAUGAUCCUUUUAUGCCUCCUGGAGUCAUGCCUAACAGUGGGAUGCAGGAUCUGUAUAACCGUACUCCAUCAGGAGGAAUGGGCAACUUGAGUAUGGGUCAGCGGCAACAGUAUGCUUAUGGAUCCGGUUAUGACAGGAGGCCUGAACAUGGAAUGGGUCCUGAAGGAAGUAUGGGACCUCCAGGAGGUCAGUCCAACAUGAUACCUUCUAACAAUGACCCAAGUAUGUACUCACCAAACCGCUACCCUGCACAACAAAGGCACGAUCUUUAUGGGCAACAAUACCCAGGCCAAGGACCCCCUUCUGGACAAACACCAUAUGGAGGCCAUCAGACUGGAAUGUAUCCUCAGCAGCAGAAUUAUAAACGGCCCAUGGAGGGCAUGUAUGGUCCCCCACCAAAGCGCCAUGAGAGUGAUAUGUACAAUGUGCAGUAUGGCAGCCAGCAGCAGGAAAUGUACAAUCAAUAUGGAAAUGCUUAUACUGGACCAGACAGGAGAUCCAUGCAAAGUCAGUACCCAUUGACAUAUAACAGAGACAGGAUGCAGGGUCCAGGUCCAAUGCAACAGCAUGGAAUGCCACCACAAAUGAUGGGAGGACCAAUGCAAGUGUCCUCUACUGAAGGGCCACAACAGGGGAUGUGGCAGUCACGAAAUGAUAUGCCUUAUCAGUAUCCAAACCGGCAAGGCCCUGGAGCACCUCCGCAGGCAUCGCCAUAUGCAGGGAUGAAUCGCACUGAAGAAAUGAUGUUACCUGAUCAGAGAAUAAAUCAUGAAGGCCAAUGGCCCUCCCACAUGAACCAACGUCAGCCUUCGUACAUGCAAUCAGCCUCUAUGGCUCCUAUCACACGACCUUCUCAGUCCUCCUACCAGACUCCUCCUUCAAUGCCAAACCACAUUUCCAGAGCUCCCAGUCCAGCUCCAUUUCAACGGUCUCUAGAAAACAGAAUGUCCCCCAAUAAAUCUCCGUACAUGUCAUCCAUGAAGAUGCAGAAAGUUGGUCCUCCAGUUCCAGCCUCUCAAGUUGCUGUUCCACAACAGCAGCCUCCCCCUGUGAGGCGGGAAAUUACGUUUCCUCCUGGUUCAGUGGAAGCAUCGCAACCAGUCUUAAAAGCAAGACGAAAACUUACCUCAAAAGACACUGGAGCCCCAGAGGCAUGGCGGGUUAUGAUGUCACUCAAGUCUGGCCUUUUGGCUGAGAGCACUUGGGCUCUGGAUACCAUCAACAUCUUACUUUAUGAUGAUAGCACUGUAGCGACAUUCAACCUCUCCCAGUUGUCUGGUUUCCUGGAACUUCUAGUAGAAUAUUUCAGAAGAUGCUUGAUAGAAAUAUUUGGAAUUUUAAAAGAGUACGAGGUUGGAGAUCCUGGUCAGAAGGCUCUGCUUGAUCCCAAUGUAUUUAAGAAAGAUGAUGGUAACUGUACUAAAGAUGAUAUAACAGAGGAAGAAGAGGGGGAAGAAAUUGAUGAUGACUAUGACGAUGAUGAUGAUGAUCAAGAUGAUGAUCAAUCAGAAAGUGAAAACAGUCAAGUCAACUUUGGAGCAGAUGAUUUGCAACUUGGUGAAGAAAAACCAAAACAAGCCAGUAAAUUUGACAGGCUACCACUGAAGAUUGUAAAGAAGAAGGACCUUUUUGUUGUAGAUCGUACAAAUAAACUUGGUCGAGUUCAGGAGUUUGACAGUGGAUUGCUCCAUUGGAAAAUUGGUGGAGGUGACACAACAGAGCACAUUCAGACCCAUUUUGAGAGCAAAAUGGAAAUAUUGUCACGCAAGAGGGUGACGGGAUGUUUAAGUAUACCAACUAAAGAGAAAAAGAUAAAAGAGCAUGAGAACAAAAAAACCAUCAGUACAGAAGAGCAGCUAGAAAAGAGCAUCACAGCAACAAUAGAUGAUGUGUUGUCAGCUCGGCCCGGUGCCUUGCCAGAAGACCAUUCCAAUGGUUCAGCUUCUGAGACAGAAAGCAGUAAAUUUCUCUUUGGCAUCCACCAGGCAAAAAACCACAGAAAUAUAAAGUUAUUGGAGGAUGAGCCUUGCAGCCGUGAUGAGACUCCAUUGUGUACAAUCUCUGACUGGCGGGACUCUUUGGCAAAGCGUUGUAUUUGUGUGUCAAAUAUAGUUCGUAGCUUGUCUUUUGUGCCUGGGAAUGAUAUUGAAAUGUCAAAACACUCGGGCCUAAUACUUAUUUUGGGAAAGCUGAUAUUGCUUCAUCAUGAGCAUCCAGAAAGAAAGCGAACACCACGGACAUAUGAGAAAGAGGAAGAAGAGGAUGAAGGGGUAGCCUGCAGCAAAGACGAGUGGUGGUGGGAUUGCCUUGAGGUUUUACGGGAGAACACCUUAGUUACAUUAGCCAACAUUUCUGGGCAGCUGGACCUGUCUAUAUACCCAGAAAGCAUUUGUUUGCCAAUUUUGGAUGGCUUGCUACACUGGAUGGUAUGUCCUUCAGCAGAAGCCCAGGAUCCUUUCCCAACAGUGGGACUGAAUUCAGUCCUGUCACCACAGCGACUUGUGUUGGAAACAUUAUGUAAACUCAGCAUUCAGGACAAUAAUGUGGAUCUCAUCCUGGCAACUCCCCCAUUCAGCCGUCAGGAGAAACUAUAUGCUACUUUGGUUAGGUACGUGGGGGACCGGAGAAUUUCAGUCUGCCGAGAAAUGUCUGUUGCUCUGUUGUCAAACUUUGCCCAGGGAGACACGUUGGUUGCAAGAGCUAUUGCUGUGCAAAAAGGAAGCAUCAGCAACUUGAUCAGCUUUCUUGAGGAUGGCCUCACUGUGGCCCAACUUCAGCACAGUCAGCCUAACCUGAUGCACAUGCAACCUCCGCCGAUUGAGCCUACCAGUGUGCACAUGAUGUGCCGGGCAGCCAAGGCUUUACUUGCCAUGGCUAGAGUAGAAGAGAACCGCUCUGAAUUUGUUUUACACGAAGGUCGCUUGCUAGAUAUUUCUAUAUCAUCUGUUCUGAACUCUAUGGUUGCAUCUGUCAUUUGUGAUACACUGUUCAUGAUUGGUCAGUUAUGACAGAAGUGGGAAGCCAAGCAUGUGUGAGUGGAGACAAAGAAGUUGCAUUUGAUUGGCUGUUUCUAUUAUUUAUCCAACAAAAAAAAAAGUAACCUUUGCUCCUAUGCCCCGUUUACUAAAGAAAUUGGGCUUUAAAAAGUAGUCAAAUUGGUCAAAUAUAAGAUGGAAAUAAAUAUUUGCUGUAUGUGUAUAAGUACUUUUUAAAACAUUUUUUUAACCAAAGUUGCUGUCUAGUACAGUUGGGGUCAUCUCUAUCCCUAGAUUCCCUUUGGGUGUUUCUUUCAUGUUUGUAUGAUAUUUUUGGAAGCAAAACAGGUGAAUUUUGAAAUGUGGCAAACAUUGUACAAUUAAAUAUUCUUUACCAGUUAAAAAAGGAAAAAAAAUGGGGAAAAACAGAUUAAUUUUGAAAUGUACACACCACAGAAAGCGCUGUGCAAUAGAACUUAGUGACCUAGGUAUAGGGGAUCAAAAAAAGGUGUGCAUAGUCAACUGUAAAACACAAAAUAUUAAAAUGCAUUAGUCUAGCAGCAAACAAUUGUUGACCUGGGUUGGGGGGCUGGGAGAGAAAGUGAUGAUAAACACAAGUUGCUUCCUCAUGAUACUGUCAUAUUCAUACCUUUCUUGACCUUCCACAGUAUGACAGUCCUCAGCAGUCUCUUAGUUCACUUAGUUUAUGUUUUGAUAUUUUUUUCCAACAGCCAAAGGGCUGUAAAUGUAUAUAGAAGUUGUACAUUGCACAUACCCUCAAACUAUUUCUGUUGUGUUUGUUUUUUUUUUGUUUCUUUUAGAAUGAGGUUUACAGUUUUCCUUUCUCCAUGAUGUGGUAAGGUUUAAACAAAGUGGUAGAUUUUAAUUAUUUUUUUUAUUAUAUAUUUUUGGCCAUAUCUCCAAUGAGGGUGAUGUACAAGUUUCUGUAUGUAUAAAGUUGUGCUCUAUUUCAAGGAGAGCAGCUGAUCACAUUUUGCUUCGUAAUCAAGGUGUGGAAAAGGUUAAGUACAGGUAAUGAUCAGAAAUUUAAAAAAAAAUGAAGAAACACAAUUUCAGAAAUUUUUCAGUGAUGCGAAUCAGCAUAUUUGUAUUUCAGAUAAUGUAGUUAAAAACAUUGAUGUAAAUUCCUUCUUUUCCUCUGGCUUAAUGAAUAUCAUUUAUUCAGUAUAAAAUCUUUAUACUAUAUGUUCCACAUGUUAAGAAUAAAUGUACAUUAAAUCUUGUUAAGUGCUGUGAUGAUUGUUCUUGAAUAAUUUUUUAAUGGAUGCAAGUACUUUGGAAGGUUCUACCUGUACUGCUUAGAAUUUAUUUUUAUGGUGGAAAAAUGUAUUGUACUGCAGGAAAAAUUAGUUGCAUUGUCCAUCAAUUUCUCUUCUGUUAUUGUUCUAAACGUGGACAGCCCUUGGUGCAACAGAGGUCUCAGAAGCAGCAGGAUACUCUAAAUCAAUGAUAUCGAUGUUACAGUCAUGGAUGGCCUGAAAGAAGGGUCAUUCUUCUGAACUCAGAAACAACAAUACAACGUUUGACACAAUCAUUGGAUUUUAUUUUACCAGUUGUACUGUUAUGUUAUUUAUGGGAGUUUUCAAUUUGCAUUUACUUAUAUCAAGUUUAACAUUUAGAGAAGCUUCACCUUUGUUGAAUCUGACAGAAUGUUCAUGACAAGAUGUCGUUGAUCAUUCAGCUGGCUGAAGAGCAUGGCCAGCAGUGGGUCAUCUGUCAUUCAGCAUAUCAGAGUUAAAAUUGCUGGAGAAUUUUAAUAUUUGGAUUCUAUUUUUGCUUCUAGUUUCUUUCUGUCACCUGAAUGGCAUCUCCAACUUUGCUUAUCUGUGACACUGACUUACAAACUGGUUUUCCAAAACUGUUAACUAAAAUACUGACUAGUGAACUUACCUCUGUUGUAAGCAGUUUUGUCAGCUACCAACCAUCAUCCUUUGAAAUCCACUGUCAUCCCUGUGCUGAAAUCUCUGGUUGAAUCUCUGCAGUCUUACCAAUACAGCUCGUAAAGUUACAAAUGACAUUUUAUGCAACAGUGAGAAGUGUAAUUUAUUCCUCCUCAUGUUUCUCAAAUGUCUGCAUUCCUUGACAUCAGUAGCCACAAUCCUGUAAUACUGUUUUCCAGAUGUAAAUAACUAUGUUUACAUUGGAAGGGUAAUUUCCAUUUAUUACAAUGGCUUCUUCUUCUCCACUUGCACCGUUGCCCAUGCUGUCUCCUGAGGUCCGUCCUUGGCCCCCUUCUCCUUUCAUCUACAUGCAGCCGCUGAACAAAAGCAUCCUAGUUCAUUGUCAGUUUCCAAACCAAUGUUGAGAAAACACAGCUCUGUUUCAGUAUCACCUCCAUUAAUACCACCAUCCCUUUAAACAGCCCCAGAGCUUAUCUGACAUCCCAUACUAGAUAACGAGAAGCUUCCUUCCACUUGGGAGAACAAAGCGAGUGUCUUUAGUGUCUGUCACAACAUUUCCAUGACAUCUGUCUGAAGUGUUAUACUGCACUCUCAUGUUGUUACAACCUGUUUUUACCUUCAUAACGUUACCUGCUUAUCUGUUGCAGAAAUCUCAUCCAUGCUUUUGUCAUCUUUAGAUUGUAUAAUUCCAUUGCGUUCACUUCUGGCCUUCCUUGCUCCAUAUUUGAAACUUCAGGUACUCUGCUGCUCUUGACUAAAAAUGCAUAAACUGAUCAACUCACAGCUUUUGACAUCCAUUCAUUUUUUUUUUCUUUGUUAAGCAAACCUCUUCAAAAAUUCCAUCUGUGAUUUCAUUCUACCAUGGGCUUGCCCCUUGUUAUCAUAUCCAAACCAGCAAUCGUCCAAGAACCCUGCAUUCAUCCAUGUUUGUCAAAUUGAUCAUCUCUGAAAUUAAUCAUUGUAUUUCCAGCUCCCAGAAAUAUAGAUUCUGGAAUUUUCUGCUUUACCUUUCUUUCCUCUUUUAAGAUGAUCUUUAAAACCUACCUCUUUGAUAGAGUCACCUACUCAUAUAUUACUUUGUGUGACUCACCAAAAUCUAUUUGUUGGCACUCCUGUGAAACGCCUUGGGAUAUUUUGUUACAUUAAAGGUGUAAAAAUAAUUGC